AUGGGCACGCCCACCCUCGCCGACCUCGGAUACGCUUACGUGCCCGUCCCGACCGGCGACCCGGACGACUUUGUCCUCCGCUCCGCCGACGGCGGCGGCUUCGAGUGGAAGGGCCAGGCCAACUACGAUGCCGUCGGCGCCGCUGCGGUGGCGUGGAUUCGCGAGCAGCUUGUAGCGCACUGCGGGCUGCACGCCGUGCCGUGCGCGGGCGGUGCGACGGCGUACUCCUCCUCCGGCCUCAAGGGCUCGAGCGCGCCGCUGCUGCUCCUCGUGUGCGGAUCUGCGCCCGGCGGCGACGCCGGCGUGUGGGGUCGCUCGCUCUGCAUCAACGACUCGACUCGCUCGGGCGCGAUGUUUGGGUACGUGCGGCGCGCGCAGCGGCUCGGGUGGGGCGUGCUCAUCGCCGACCCUCACGGAGGAGACGGCUGCCCGCACGCGCACCUUGCGCAGCUCUGGCGGUCGACGGUGGAGCCGGCGGCGGCGGCGCGCGUGCUGGUGGUCGCCCACUCGUACGGCGGCCCAGCGGAGGCGGAGGCGGGUCCUGCUGCGGCGAUGAUGCGCCCGCUGCUGUCGCGCUUCGCCGCCGCGGCGCCGCACGCGUUUGAGGAGCCCGCGGGGCGGUGGCAGGGCGCGGCGCCGGCGGAGGUUCUCGCGGCGGUGGGUCGCAACUUUGUCGCCUCCGGCGAGCCGCUCGGCGCCACGCUCCACGCGGCGCCGCACGAGCUGGUCGCACUGUCCGCCGGCACGUUGCGCCACCCGGACACGACGCACGCGGCGGAGGAGGCGGUCUUCCACUUCCUAACCCGAGGCGCCGACGGCGAGGCUGCCGCCGCAAACGACGCGGUGCGCGCGGGGGAGCGGGCGUGGCCUCCGCCGCCGCCGUCGCAGCGGCUGCACGCGCUGCUGGCCGUGCUGGCCGUGUCGAUCUUGCUUGCGGUCGUGGCGGUGAUGCUCCGCGCGGCGUAGCCGUCUGAGAGUGCGGCCAGUCUGGCGCACGGCAAGAUUGGCGUGGGAGCUGACUGCAUUGGUGAUAGUGUAGACCACCCCAUAAAUCGAGCGGUAUCCCGUAUCCGAGCGCGUCGGGAGGAGGACCGACACUGGUGGGAGGACUGACACUGACUCUGAGUAGCGUACAGCUCUUCCAGUUCUGACUGGUACAAGUUCCACGAACCGCGCGGCUGUGGCCGUUGCCUCCUCCACUGUUCUGAGAGAGUCUAUGGUGGAGUCUAGAGAGCGGAAAGUGUGUGAGGAAUCUCUG